AUGCUGAAGUCAACAAUCGUGGACACUCGAGUGCGCCUGGUGCCAUCGAAGAAGCUGUUGGAAUUCCUGGACGUCCAAAAGAAUAACUUCCAAAAGGUGACCGAAAAUGUGGCCAAGAUUAUGAAGCAAAGAGGGUAUACUGUUCCCUUAAGGACGAAGAUAAUAAAAGACAAUGAGGUACCCUGCAAGCGUCCAAAGAUCGACCAAUCCCUUCUGGAAAAACUAACUGAGAAUAUAGACAGCCCAUCAGAAGAACCCGUGAAUGAUAAACAAGAUUCCCCAGGAAAGAAUGAUAAUGAAGAAGAAAAACCUGAGGAGGUGAAAAAUGUGUUGUAUUUGAGUGACUUUCAUUGGCUCUCCAAUGAACUAAUUGAAUUGCGCCGCCAAGACCAUUGCCAGGUCUUCCUUCAUCAGCUGAUUGAGUCCUGCGAACUCAUUCUACCCGAAAACGAGAUGAAGCCCCGCAAUCCUGAACUGGAGGCCCGCUGCGAGCGUCUUCGCGCAGAACAACAGAACCGGGAUUAUCUGAAGAUGACUAAGAACGUGGAUGCCGGCCUAAAACAUUACCCCGAAGACACCAUCUCCUACCAGAUCAAAAGCCUCAACAAGCAGAUAAUUGCUGUGGUGCAGUUUAUCUUCUCUGUGGCCGCUGGAUUUACAUUCGGUUUCUUUGGAGUUAAUUUAAUGGUCGGCCCUCUGCCCUUCGGCUUUCGCAUUCUGCUGGGCGUAAUUGUGGCGCUCAUUAUAGCCCUGGCCGAGAUGUACUUCCUGGCCAAGAAACUGCACGAAUACGAUGAAGUCUUGGAUGCACCCAAGCGCAAACCGCAGCCAUCAACGCCGGUAAAGCGAAAGGUAGUAUCGCAACCGUCCGCCGAUGGAAGCCAGGUUCAGACAUUAAAACCUCAUGCUGACUAGAUAAUUAAGGACUCCAAAUUAUUCUUUAUGUACACACACACAUCCUUGUAUUAUUUCGCGUUGCAAUGUUAGGUUAUAUAAAUA